AUGACAUCCCAGGAUACACCACAGUCAGCACGGUGCCUGCCGCUAGAUGCAACCAGCAUCGCCAGUAGCUCACCGGCCAACCAGAUCGCUGUCUUGGAUAUUCUCUUUGAACCAUCCCAGCAUCUUCAUAACCUGGCUCUUCCCUUGCUGCAGAACCCCUUUAAUUCAUACAGCGAGCUCAUCAGCUGCGUGCAGACAGAGCUCCGCCAACUAGCCGAGAAAGCUGCCUCAAACGAUGCCGACAAGAAAAUCCUAUAUGAUAUCCUAGGCUCCCAUCCCCGGCUUGGAGCCCCAAAAGCCUCGCAUCUGAGUGAAUUUAGUAGACGGGAACAGGCAAAUCUCGCUACCGCUGCUGCUGCCGCUAUGGCCUCAGGACAAGGGGACAAGGAUGAAGCUGAUCGGUUAGGGAGAUUGAACGAGGAAUAUGAAAGGGCUUUUCCUGGAUUACGAUACGUGGUGUUUGUCAAUGGACGGGGGAGGGAUGUCAUCAUGGAGGAUAUGCGUCGUCGCAUUGAUGCCAUUGAUGUCGCUUCUGAGAUUGAUACGACUAUAACAGUGAGUUUGUCCCCAUGUUACUUGACCCACUGA